AUGGGCGCUCGAAAGCUGUCGUCUUUCAUGCCGGCUGAACUAACAUGCACAUCGACUAGUUUGUUUCGCAAAAUUGGAGGUUGUCGAUGCGGCCAGGUAAGGCGCACUUUUAGAAACAGAAGGCAUUCCAAGGAACGCGAAAUGUCGAGUUCUGUGCCAAAGCUGUCUUCUGCAUCACCGCGCUAUUCUGAACCGCAUCAGGCAAUCGACGAAGAACCCGGUGGUUCAUGGGGGGAGUCAGCGCGUUCGAUCGAGGAGAUCGUGCGCGAGCGAGUCGCUGAACAAAUGAAGGAAAAAACAGCUGAAAUGGAAGCUGAGCUGGCCGACUGCAAGUUAAAGUGCGAAGAGCUGGAGAAGCAGUUAAAGCUAAAAAUGGAAGAGAUCGAGGUAGUGCGCCGAAAACUAGAUGAGGAACGGCUUGAUAUGCUCGAAACAAAGCGAAAAUUGGAGGAAGACCGUGCUGACAUCCGCAAGCAGCGGGAAAAGUUGAUGAAGCGUGAGCAAAGCGUUAUCCUUGGCAGGGCCGGCACUAGACCGAAACUACAGUUCAGUCUUAACAAGACGUGA